CGCGUGUAUGACAGCAAGUACGGGGUGACCUGCCACUGGUGCCGCCAGAAGACGCUUGAGGAGCAUGUGACGUGCAGCCACCCCGACUGCGGCGACGGCCGCCGCCUGGCCGUCUCCUUCUGCAAGCUGUGCCUCAGGAACCGGCAGGGCGAGGACAUCGCGCAGGCGGAGGCCAGCGGCAAGUGGGUGUGCCCGCGCUGCCGCGGCUCCUGCGGCGACGGCUGCGCCUCGUGCUGCAACUGCGGGCCGUGCCGCAAGGCGCUGGGCCUGGCGCCCACCCACCAGAUCAUCAACCAGGCCCGGGGCGCCGGCUUUGACAACGUGCACGAUUUCCUGGUGAGGCGCCGAGGCUGGGCUGGCUUGGCUGUCGCUGGUUGCUGGUGCCUGGCGGGGCUGGUGGCAAGAGGCAGCGAUGCGUGCGUCUGUCGUGCGGUGGGCGGCUGGGCGCGUGCUUGGGGCGGUGUAGGUGUGGCUGCGAGGCGGUAG